AAAUGGCCGGGGAGUCUGCACUCAAAUUCGUUUUGAUAGAAAUUUUCCAAAUUCAUAUAAUGCUGAGAACGAAAACUACAUAAACAGAUUUAAUAUAUGGUUUUAAAAAAAAUAAAGAGACGCAAGAUUCGAAAAUGCAGCUUCUGAGUGAAAUAUAUGCAGCAAAACUAAGCCCCAACUUGGAGACAGCCUCUAGACUGCUAAGAAGUCCUCUUGGUCAGGCGCUCAUAUCCUUUUUGCUGGGCUACUUUGCCACCACAAAGUUGUCGCAAAUGUAUGGAAAGUUCAAAAGGGACUCCGACAAAUACGAUGCUUUAAAGGAGGCUGAGGAUUCAGAUCCCAUAGAUGAACCUGAUGUUUUGCCCAAGGGGAAUGAGGUGGUGCUGCUCACUACCAUGGAAUUAACUGCUUUCGAUGGCAUAAACCCUGAUCAACCCAUUUACACCGCGCUGAAUGGCCUGAUCUAUGAUCUGAGUCCGGGUCGAGAGAAGUUCAGUAGUCAUGGCCCCUACUUCUUCCUAGCCGGUUGCAACGCCAAUAAGGUCCUGAACAUUGCCUGCCGUUCCAUGGGUGUCUGCCCCAAAGAUGUAAUCAAUCGUUGGGAGCAGAGCCUCAAUGCCGAGUUUAAUAUCGUGGGAUACCUGAUUGAUGGGUAUGAGGGGAUUACUAGCGAGGACCAGCAGAUCGAUCAAGAGUCGGAAAAUGUUUGCCAAACGGAACCAGAGGAAUAAGUUAAAUGAGCUUUGAAUGUCCCUUUCUUUUAGUUUGGCAAUAAAAUUAUAUUUCGUUCUUUUA